CUCCUCUCCCAUCCAUUCCUUUUAUCUCAUCUUCCUUCGUUGUCUUUCGCACUCUGCGGCCUCUGCUCACUACUUCUCUUUGAAACCAAUAUCGGUUAACACCCUAAAUCUGCCAUGGGAGCGUUACAUUACCUCUUCCUCUUUCUUACCCUUUCUGCACUCUCCACCACCACAUUAGCCCAUAACAUCACCGACAUUCUCUCUGGCCUGCCUGACUACUCCGAGUUCAACAAAUAUCUCACCCAAACAAAGCUUGCUGAUGAAAUCAACAGUCGGGAGACUAUCACCGUACUCGCCCUCAACAAUGCGGCUAUGUCCGCCCUUGCUGGCAAACAUCCCUUAUCCGUUAUUAAAAACGCUCUUAGCCUUCUUGUUGUGCUCGAUUACUAUGAUCCCACAAAACUCCACCAGAUCUCUAAUGGCAGUACCCUGUCCACCACCCUUUACCAAACUACAGGAAAUGCCCCUGGCAAUUUAGGCUUUGUCAACAUCACUGACCUGCAGGGAGGUAAAGUGGGGUUUGGCUCCGCUGCCCCUGGCUCCAAGCUCGACGCCUCUUACACCAAGUCUGUCAAACAAAUCCCUUACAAUAUCUCCGUCCUCGAGAUCAGCGCGCCGAUUAUUGCUCCCGGAAUCCUAACGGCUCCGGCCCCGACACCUUCCGAUGUGAACAUUACAGCUUUGCUUGAGAAGGCUGGAUGCAAAACAUUCGCUAGUUUGCUUCAGUCGAGCGGUGUGAUUAAGACGUAUCAGGCAGCGGCUGAUAAAGGUUUGACCAUUUUUGCACCGAACGAUGAAGCCUUUAAGGCCAAAGGAGUCCCCGAUCUGAGCAAGCUCACAAAUGCUGAGAUUGUUUCGCUCUUACAGUAUCAUGCCGCCGCUGGAUACAGUCCUUUCGGUUCCUUGAAGACCCAAAAAGAUCCAAUCACAACAUUGGCCAGUAAUGGCGCAGGGAAGUUCGAUCUGACAGUGACUGCAGCUGGUGACUCCGUAACUCUCCACACAGGGGUUGACUCAUCGAGAGUUGCCGACACUGUUCUCGACUCCACGCCAUUGAUGAUUUUCACUGUUGAUAAUGUACUUCUCCCUGCAGAGUUGUUCGGAAAGUCUCCAUCUCCUGCGCCAGCCCUUGAACCGGUGAGCGCGCCUUCUCCUUCUCCGGCUACAACACCAAGUCCAGCUCCUGCUAGUGUUGAGGCCCCAUCACCACUGGCCGCUUCUCCACCAGCACCGCCGUCGGAAACCCCGCAAGGAGCUCCUUCAGAUGCCCCAGUAGGAUCGGAGAAUAGCACAGCGGACAACGCGGCUAUUCCCGUGACCGCCCCUGCGUUGUUCACUGUUUCUGCCACUGUAAUUUGCUCGAUUCUCAUGUCCUGAAUCGUAAUUAUGUAGGUCUGUCAAUUUGAUUACUUUUUUUUUAUUAUUAUUUUCUUUUAUUUUUGAAUAUUGAGUUGUUAUUGAUUAGAGAGUAGAGGUUUAUUUUAUUUUAAUUUAUUAUGAUUUUUAAAUCUGUGGACUAUGGCUAAGCAUGAUGGGAAGUGAGGGAGCUGCUGCGCAUUUUAGCAGCGAUACUGUUGUUGUUUCAGAGAUGAUUGUUAUCGGGUUGUAUGUUUUCCAUUAUUUUAAUGUUAGAUCUGUCUGUCUUCGUGAUGAUUUUGAAUCCAAUCGAGUUGUAUUUUUUA